AUGCCUGAUAUCGUCAUCUAUAACAAUGCAGGGGACUCCUACGGCACGUAUAUGUUCAACAAGAUUGUUAAGAUCGAACACACUGGUCAUGUGAACUGGGGCUCGCCUCACAUCAUUGUGACUAGCUGCCAACUCAACGUUGCUAACUUCCCGUUUGACUACCAGCACUGUCCCAUCAAGUUCGGUCCAUGGCAGCACGAUGGAUCUGAGUUGGCAAUCACGGGAUCAGGUGAUAAUACAGUAUAUCGCAGUGAUGGUGAGUGGGAUAUGGUAGGUCUUUCUACAGUAACCAAUCAACAAACUUAUCCAGACUCGCCUGGCAUAUCGUAUUAUGACGUCACCUACACAAUACAUAUCAGAAGACGAGCUAUGUACUACGUGUUCAACCUUCUCGUACCAUGUAUCCUGAUCGCAUCAAUCACUCUUCUUGGUUUUCUUCUACCGGUUGACUCAGGAGAGAAGGUAUCUCUUGGAAUUACAGUCCUUCUCUCACUCACAGUCUUCUUACUUCUCAUUGCUCAAUCAAUGCCGCCAUCUAGCGUCGUACCAAUUAUAGGUCAGUAUUAUGUAUCUACCAUGGUACUUGUCUCGAUCUCCAUCCUCCUCACCGUGUCAGUGAUCAACCUUCAUCAUCGCGGUCCAUACUGCAGAAAAGCUCCUAGAUGGGUUCGAAGGAUCAUUCUUGGAAAAAUAGCGUGGUUUUUACGACUACAACCUGAACACUUCAAACAUAUGAAGUUUGCUUCAAAUAAUAGCUACUACAAUGCAAAUGGGAUUAACACAUCUUCACCUAGUGGCAACAACUUCAGAAAGAAACGAGAGAGCUACAAGCGUGAUAAGGUGAAAGUCACUGCACCUCACGAGUCUCCAAUCCUCGGUAUAUCCCGGAGUGGUCGGGGGAGGGAAGGCUGCUGUGAUAACAACGACGAUCAGCUCAUUUUACUCCGACGAAUGAUCGAUCAUAUGCGAUACAUCCGAGAUCAUUUCGAAGAGAUCGAUGAUUCUGAGGAUAUCAAGAAUGAGUGGAAGCAGAUCGCGUUGGUCGUCGAUCGAGUCUUCGCUAUCUUCUACGUCUUCGGUUCGAUUGGUACCAUCCUGAUGCUUGUCUUUAAGAUAUCAUGAUCACCCUACAGGUUGAUGGUUAUCGUCGAUCUCGGUGGGAUCAUCGUCAUAGGGGUGGUCGUCUGUCAAGAAGUUUCGUGAUCAGCCUGGAAAGAAAGAAAGAUUCAUCUUUGAUAUACACAGAGCAGGCUUUUGCAAAAGACUUCAACUGUUUGUAUGAUCAUUUGAAAAAGUAAUUACGUAAGCCUACCAACUUUGUCGUUAUUUUCCAAGUUGCUUCAAAAUUUAUUCAGAAAUUGUCAUAAAGAUGACUUAAUGAUGAAUAUGACCUUAAUCGAGGUAAACUAUGAGAAAAGAUGUGGAUUUUAAGAUCAGACUUUGAUCCGCCCAUUUGAUCAAAAGUGCUACAAAAAAUACCAUCGCUUAGCUUUAUGUUCGUUAAACUUUUUCAAAUCGCCCCCCCCCCCA